CACUUCCCUAUCCCUGAACUGCGUCCGUGUGUCACAGAGUAGCAGCAUGCGCGCUGUCAUUCACAGUUAACGCGCACAGGCUCAUAGUAAUCUGUCCUUCUGUGGUGAAACAUAUAUAUAUAUAUAUAAUAUAAAAAAGGAAGGAAUGGGGGACGGGAACACGGUUUCGGCCAAAACUCGCCGGAGAAGAGAGGCUCUGGCAGCGGGGAGAAGCGCGAGUCUGCUCCCGACCAGCGAGAGGUCUGCAGCGGCGUCCCAGAGACCAGCGACCGCAGACACCAGCCCCGAGAAUGGACAGAGAAAACGCGACCACUCGCUGGAGACAGCCCGGCCCAAAGCGGCGGACGAGAAAAAGAGACACUUGCAUGACUUAAGUGAAAGGAUGAGCGUCCACAAGACGCAGGAAUCUCUGCUGAGCUCAGCCAGUGGUUACAGUAACUACAGAGGAAUACUCAACUGGUGUGUGGUGAUGCUGGUGCUGAGUAACGCUCGCCUCUUCUUAGAAAACCUGUUAAGGUACGGUGUCCUGGUGGACCCCAUUCAGGUGAUUUCCUUGUUUCUGAAUGAUCCCUACAGUUGGCCGGCAGCGUGCCUGGUGAUUGUUUCCAACGUCUUCAUCCUGGUGGCCCUCUACACAGAACGACAGCUGUCAAAGGGUUCAUUCAGUGAACUUGUGGGACUUCUGGUCCACUGGAUUAACAUGGCAAUUAUGCUAACGUUUCCUGCUGCUGUGGUCCUGUCCGUCUCCUCCAUGACCCCAGUUGGUGGCGCGUUUGCACUCGGCAAUUACACCAUUCUCUUCCUAAAGCUGUACUCCUACAAAGACGUCAACUUGUGGUGCAGGGAGCUGAGCAACAUGAAGGCCAAGAAACUGGCCAGGUCACUGUCAUGUCCUUCAGCGCAGCAUUUAAACGGAGUCGGCCAAAAGGUGUGUUAUCCUGGCAACCUCACCAUCAGAGAUAUGUAUUACUUUGUCUUUGCACCGACUCUGUGCUACGAGCUCAACUUCCCCCGCUCCCCCAAAAUUCGAAUGAGUUUCCUGCUGAGGAGACUAUGUGAGAUGCUGUUCUUCAUCCAGCUGCUAGUUGGCCUCACCCAACAGUGGAUGAUUCCCAUCAUUCAAAGCUCCAUGAAACCACUGGAAGACAUGGACCUGUCCCUGAUGACUGAGAGACUCCUUCGAUUAGCUGUUCCCAAUCACUUGCUUUGGCUGAUGUUUUUCUACUCGUUCUUCCACUCAUCUAUGAACUUCACAGCUGAGCUGCUGCGUUUCGGGGACAGACAGUUCUACCAGGACUGGUGGAAUUCAGAGACGGUGACGUAUUUCUGGCAGAACUGGAACAUCCCGGUACACAAGUGGUGUCUACGCCACUUCUACAAACCGCUGCUCAGGAGGGGGUUCAGUAAAAAGGUCAGCCAGUCGGCUGUCUUCUUCUUGUCGGCCUUCUUCCACGAGUAUCUGGUGAGUGUUCCUCUCAGGAUGUUCAGACUGUGGGCAUUCAUGGGCAUGAUGGCACAGCUUCCAUUAGCCUGGUUCGUUGGCCGCUUCCUGCACGGUAACUACGGCAACGCUGCCGUGUGGAUGUCCAUCAUCAUCGGCCAGCCGUUCGCUGUCCUGAUGUACGUCCACGACUACUACGUCCUGCACUACAGACAGGAGGCCGCCUAACGCUCCACACAUCUUUCCUACGUUGCCUCAACGUUUUCGCACAAACACCUAAAUACCACAUAUCACACCAGCUGCUUAUAGCAUGUUUACAUUAGGGACCUUGAGUAGGAAAGCUAAGAGGAAACAAACAGAAAUAGUAAAUAUGAGUUUUGAAACACUACUGUAACAUAUAGGGAGGGCUUUACGUUAGGGCGGUUUGUACUCAGGUGAUUUUUAUUCCAGUGUCUUGAUAAAACAUCUGAUAGUUGGUUUGGGCUGACGCUUUCAACAGCUUUCAGGAUACUGUUACUUUCUUAACACAUUUGGAUUCCUUUUUUUUUGUUUUCUGUGUUCAUGGGCAGUUAAUUUGGAGAUUUAUUCUCUAAUUUGUUUGUUUUUCUUUCUUUUUUUUUGUGAGCCAAAGAGGCCUUAACCUUUCUGAUCACUGUGAGGUGGAGGGUCGUCGAAGACGUGAAUGUAUGCUGGGAUGAUUUAAUGAAUAAAAAUGUUGUUUUACUAUGAUUACUGUAUCAGCUAUGAAGAAGCCAGAAUUACUGUAUGUCUUUGUUUUGUUUUUUUUUGUUUUUUUUACUGAAGUGCCGUGACAGUAAUACAACACAUAUGCAAUUCGUCCAACACUUUCUGUGUAUUGUUGCAGAGUUUGUGCUGUUUUGCCUUGUUAGUAUCUCAUUGGACUAUAGUGCCAAGGAAACGAGCCUAAAUACAAUGAAUCCCAAAAUAAAUUGAUAUUGAAUUUAA